CUACAUAGAUACUAUGUAGUAUCUAUGAACUAUUAAGGGACUCGCUUCGCUCGCCCCAAUGAUGUUGUCGUACCUCCUGGCCUCUAGCCUGUGAUCUAGUAUCGGUAUUGUGAACUACUAUCAACUACGAAUAAACCUGCGUCUGGGCCACCAUACUCACGCCCUGGACUACCGGUAUCGUCCGUUUCAGUAUGUGAUGUGUGACGAAGUUUGGUGAUCACUACUUAUACUAUACUGUCAUGUCGUGACUAUACUGUACUACAAUAUGUCUCUCACAAUAGUAGAUCUAAACAAAGUGUACGUAGAUACGUUUGAUGCUCGAAACAAGUGGCGAAACAUAUUGUUGAUGCUCGAAGUGUCGGCACCUACAAUUGAAAGCAUUGGUGAAAAAUGGAGCAACAAUCCUGAUGACUGCUAUCGUGAGGGCUUGUUAGAGUGGCUGAAAGGUGGAGAGAGACAAUGGGAACGUGUGGUGGACGCUUUAUCUAGUCCUACUGUGGGUUACGUUCACAUAGCCAGGACCAUCGAAAGAGACCGUAUACAGCGUAUUGUUGCAAACAGUCCAAAAAAAGUUAAGCUACAAGUUGACCAAAAUCGACAGAAGAUUAAUGAAGAUUUGGACCUUUUCCUAGACCAACUACUCGGUAAAGGUGCAUUUGGAGCAGUAUUUAAAGGCAGCUACAGGGGUGAGGUUUGUGCAGUUAAGGUGCUGCUUCACGAUGCUUUGGAGAUGCAAGCAAGUAUUCCUGUCGGCAAUUGUGAAGAAGCUAUCGAUGCAAUUGAUCGCGAAGGCGAGUUUCUCAAGUCGUUGCAGCACCCUAAUAUUGUUCAGUUUUUGUCGGCCGCUAAGCACCCCAAAUCAGGUAGUACAAUCCUCGUUGUUGAGCUGAUGGAUUGUAGUCUGAGAUCCUAUUUCUCCGGCCUUAAUGAAGAGUCCCUCACUAGCGAAUGUGAAAUUAACUUAUCCAAAGACGUGGCUUGUGGUCUGGCCUACAUUCACAGCAAGCAGAUUAUCCACCGUGACCUCUGUGGCGAUAACAUUUUACUGAAGCUUACACAACCAGUGCCUAUCGCAAAGAUUUCUGACUUUGGCAUGUCACGGCUAUAUGAUCCCUCACAGCUUAGCUCUACCCUCACAGCCAUUGCUCACCGUAGGGGGUAUCUACCUCCCGAGGCCAUUCGAUUAGAAGAAGAGAACUAUGACAGUCGCCUUGACGUGUUUUCCUAUGGGGUGAUUGUGGCGCAGAUUGUUCGCAAGCUGGAGACAAUCAAAUCAGCCAAGGAGCGAUCAUUCCAUGUUGCCCAGAUCUCUCCCACACACAGGUUGAAGGAGCUUAUCGACAAUUGUUUGCAAGAAGAAAUGAAUAAAAGACCGUCUGCCAGGGACAUCUACAAAUUUUUGACAAGACAGUUGGACCCAGUUGAAGUAACAAAGAGGGAGUCAAAGGACACUCGACCAGUCGAGAAGGCACACAGAAAACAGAUUGGGUACAGUGAUCCUGAGCUUCUCAGGAGAGACUUCAUCAUUCAACAGCAGAAACAGUUUAUUUUUCAGGGUUCCCCUCCAAGAGAGUUGAGACCUCCGCUCACUCUUAAACGGAGAAGAGGAAAUGAUAUACCAAUCAAGGCAGGCACCUCGGUACUGAGUACUGUUAUUGGUUGCACCGUGUAUGUUGGUGGAGGUGUUACAGAAAAUGGUCGUGAUGCGUGUACAGUGAUGAAGCUCGAGCAAGAUCAAUGGACCAAACUACCAGAGUACACAGCCAAGUGCUUCGCUAUGACAUCGAUUGCUAAUCGACUACUUCUGGUAGGUGGACGUUAUCAAAUGAGCUCCAAAGAAACCAAUCAGCUUGCGGUGUUUGAAUCAGGGGAAUGGACUCACCCGUACCCAGCAAUGAAUAUUGCUCGUUGUUCCUCAGCAGCUGUCUCAUUCAACAACCACAUCAUUGUAGCUGGUGGGUAUGUUAAAAAACAUCGAACCUCCUCUGUGGAGGUGUUGGACGUGACAUCAAGAAGAUGGUACAUUGCUCAGUCACUACCUAUCCAAAGAUCAGUAAUGAAAUCAGCUGUCGUCGGAAACACCCUCUACCUAAUGGGGGGAUACAAUCACAGUGGGAUAAACAAGACAGUGUACCACGUUGACCUUAAUGAACUCCUUUCAAAAGCCCUUUCCAACCUGGACACACCCACCCCCCUCUGGCGUAUGACAGAAGACACAUUACUGAAGUAUUCAUCUCCUCUUAGUAUUGGGAGGUCACUGUUAGCUGUUGGUGGACGGGACGACAGAGACAACCCAAGUUCAUCGAUCGUCCUCUACCAGCCUGACACUAGGAAGUGGGUGAAAGUGGGAGACCUGACGACUGCACGAUACAAUUGCACAUGCUCAGUACUUCCUAGUGGAGAAGUCUUUGUAGGCGGAGGACAGAUAAAACCAUUUAAUUACAUCCAGAAUGUGGAAUUCUUCUCUCUAUAAUAAUCGGUUUUUAUUGUUGCGCUGCUAACUCAAUGAUGUAUGUUUGCUAAUGUUAAUUUACAGUAUUGUAGUGAACACUUUAGUAUUAACGAUCUUUACCAUUAUUAAUUUCUGUAGUCACCUUUACCAGUUUUCCGUUAUUAUAUCAUGUUACGUAAUACGCAAUAGAAUUUAAUCACGCAAUGCGCUACUACUUUAUUCAUCUCUUUGUAGUCCUACCGCAUUGCCUCUUUUUGUGAUUCUUACUAUUCUUUUGUUAGCCUCUAUACUUAGACGCGCACACCCUGUUUCUGUCUCAUCAUUCACUUCACUUUAUGUUUGUGGACAAGAAUUUGGAAUGAAAUAUUAUUAGUAACUAAA